UUUUCUCACACACCAUUCACUUUCCCUGCCUCAAUUCCUAACCCUAAUCCCAACCCAAUUUGUUCCACUCUCGGCCGCAGAAUGCACAACCCAACGUCAACACUCCUCCUGCUUUGCCUCCUGACCUUUUUACGACAAUGUCAUCUCUAAGCAGCCUCAUUCGUGACUCUUCUCUGAUCCUUGACUUGCUUUCUACUCUCCUCUGUCCCGAGCCAAGAUGAUUCUGAUGACAGUGAUUGUCAUAUUUUCAGUCCUGUUAAUCCUCAUCACCGUUUGCACCCUCACUCCCUUUUCUCCCACUUUCUCCGCUGCCCCCGGCCUCUCCACCACCUUAUCCCACCGCUCCAUUACCCCAAAACCCUCAAAUCCACCGACCAAUCCCAAUCUGGUGAAUGUUUUAUUCCAUCUGGUGAUCUAUGCUUGUCCUUGGAGCAUUACUAUGCGGAAUCCCCACCUGAAUGAUCUCUACUGAAUGGGUGCAAUUAUUUCUACCCUGAUUGCCCUGGUGUUGUUAACUCUUCUGCGCUGGAUGGUUUCGAUAGACAUUCACACUUCCCUCAGUUUUGUCAGCUGAGUGUGCGAAUUUCUCCGUUGAAGAAGUUAGGGAGAUGAUGGAUUGUGACAAAGUAUGUAGUAGAUUUCUGCCAUCAGAGUCUUGGGCCAUAAAAAAUGAAGUUCAAGGAUGGAAUGAGUAUCCUUCUAUGUAUUCAAGCUGUGUACUACGUGCCAUUUUGGGGUUAUGUGUUCUUAGAGAGUGGGAUUUGGGGAGUUGUAGCAAGUUCACCCAAGUAUGGGAUUGUGAUUGAUGUGGCCAUGGGAGAUCAUAUAGUUAUGCUGAUUACCCUGUGCUUGAGGGCAAUUAUAAGGGAAGCUUAAGGUAAGGUAAAUUAUAGAGAUUCGGAGAGUGGGCAUUUUGAGUGUCCAACUUUGGUUGAGGUAUUAGUGUGGUUGGCAUCUAGCGUUCCAAAUUCUAUGGUGAAGUGAAUGGAAAAUUAUUCGCCAUAAACAUUCUUAAGCAUUGCAUACUAGAUACAGAGUUUCAUGGUUUAGAAGAGGGUUCAUCGAAUUGGGAUGUUGAGGGCAGUUGUGUUAGGGAUGAAGAUAUUACUAAACCACUAAGCAGUGAGAUGAAGGGAAUCAUUAUCAGUAAGGCGGUAUUUGUGUCUCAGGUUGCAGCAGCCAUUGCAGUGUUGCAUGAACGGUUCAUGCUUGAAGAAAAAUUUAAUGGAGAACAAGUUUCACAAACCCUUACUAGACAUCAACGAGUACUUGAGCAUGAUUAUGUCUCACAAAGAGCUGAUGGGGAGCGGAAAAACCGAAGUCAGUAUAGACCUAUUAUCGACCAUGAUGGGCUGCCUUGGCAAAAAUCAAAUAACCAGGAAACUAACAAGACUAAGACAAAAGAAGAGUUAUUAGCAGAAGAAAGGGACUACAAACGACGAAGGAUGUCAUAUCGUGGCAAAAAGGUGAAGCGUACAACUUUGCAGGUUACCAGGGAUAUUAUAGAGGAAUACAUGGAGGAAAUUAAGCAAGCUGGAGGGAUUGGAUGCUUCGAACUAGCAAUUGAAGGGCAAGGUCCAUUCAAACUACCUACUGCUACUGACUUCACCACCGAUGAUGAUAAUCCAACAAAAAGAAAUACCGAGUCAGAGGGAGGUAGCCCAAGUCGUUCUAGGAAACAAUCACAUUCACGUUAUACUAUCCAUUCCACAACUUCCAGGCAUGCUUCUGCCAAAGAUCAAGAGGAACCAAGACAUAGUCUCCUCCACUGCAAGUAUCUAGAAGAUUCUAGAAGUCUCAGUGAUAGUCGUGAUACCGAAAAUUACUCCAGAAGCUCAGAAAGGUCUCGAAGUCAUGGAUGGUCUCAUGGGCAGAGUGAACAAGAUCAUCGACAGCGGACUGAUACCAGGCAUCAUAAAAGAAAUCGCUCAUCCAAGUAUCAUGAUAGUAGAUCCAAGUAUCAUGAUAGCAGAUCAUCUUCUCUGUCCAACUCGCACCAGAAGUCAAAUGUUAAAAGAUUUGAGAAAACAUAUGAGAGUCAUAGUUGA